AUGAAAAUUUUACGAAAUUAUCGUGUUACAAUUGAUAUUGAUCAUAAUCAACAACAUCAAUUUCAAAUUCAACAAUUAUCAUCAACAUUUCAUAGUUCUCGUAUUCAUAAACGAUUAAAUCAACGAUCAACACUAAAAACUGAUAAUAUAUUUAAUGAUAAUGAUGAUGAUAAAGAUUUCUGUGGACCCUCAUCAAAAUGCAAAAGAAAACGAUAA